CGGGCAGGCGGCGAGUGAGUGAGAGAGAGAAACAGAGGUUGGAGGGAACACGGGUUUCUGGAGGUCUGAAGUGCCGUUUCUGACUCUAUCUCCCAUGCUAGACCGAACUGUAACUAGGAUGCCCCGUUGCUGCCGUUUAUAUCCUGCUUUCACUCACAAAGCAGGGCAGCCACCCAGCCUCUAUUGUGACGUCAAAGUGAUCCACUGCCGCCCCUCCCCCUCCCCCCAUUGAGUUAAACUGGUAUCCACAAUGCGGAAGCCUAAGCGUAGCGUGCCUAGGGGCGGUGGCACUGGGUUAUUGGAAAAGUGAAUUUAGUCCCAGCUGUGCUGUUAAUUUCCUGUGAUCUCCAAGGUCCCUUCUAGCUCCGAAACUUCCGAUUCCUUCAUUCUUUCACCCUUGUUGAAAAAUCUCAUUCCAUUCUGGGAUAAAUCCAGCUCCCCCACUCGGGCUCUUAUCUAGUGAAUUAGUCUGCCGGUAAGACCGUCCUGCUGGGGCAACGUGGUGGUGUUUAGAGUGUUGGAUAGGGAGAAGGAAGACUCGGGGUCAAAUCCCAGCCCAGCUGUGCAACUUCUUACACCUCUUCCCCCACUGGCCUUGACCUUAUAAAUACCCUUCAAAAUCAGGAAAAGAAGUUUCACACUUAAAAUUUGUGUUACAUUGGCAAGGGCUGGGAAAGAAAUAGAGUAUCAGAGCUAAAAGGGUUCUUCUUAGAAGCUGUUUAGUUUAUCCUCUUCCUUUUACGUAUGAGGAAUCAAGACCCAGAGAAGAAACACGAUUUGUUAGUUGUCACAUAGGGAGUACAUACCUACAAUCUGAAGUACUCUGUAUGACUUUGGACAGUCACCUCCCCAGUCCUGUGUCCUCUUCUGUAAAAUGAGAGCUACAGAAUCUAAAUAAUAUUUUUAUCUUCUCCCCUUCCCUCAUGGAGGGAUCCUCUCUCCACCUUCCCAGUCCUAGGGAUCCCCAUGGCUGCUUCCUUGGGUUCCCAGAGGCAGAAACGAAGGGAAUUGGAUGCCCGUCGAAGUAAGUGCAGAAUCAGGCUGGGUGGCCACAUGGAACAAUGGUGCCUUCUCAAGAAGCAGCUCGGGUUCUCCCUGCACUCCCAGCUUGCCAAGUUCCUGCUUGAUAGGUACAAUUCUCCAGGCUGUGUGCUCUGUGCAGGCCCUGAGCCUUCCCCCCCAGAGGGUCUCCAGUAUCUGGUAUUCUUGUCCCAUGCGCACAGCCGUGAAUGCAGCCUGGUACCAGGGCUUCGGGGACCAGGAAGCACAGCUGGGGGGCUUGUAUGGGAGUGUUCAGCUGGUCAUACCUUUUCCUGGGACCCCUCCUCUGGCCCCACACCCCCAGGAUCCAGUCCUUCCUACAUCCAACAGUCAGCACUAAGGAACUGGUGGACCAAGUCAGGGAGCUGGCAAGAACAUGAAGCCCAGGUAACUGAGCACUAUGAUGGGACCCAAGAGUCUGGGAUGCCCAGCCUUGAUACCCCUUGGGAAUGCAGGGGGGUGGUACCCCUACCUGAGAUUUCCCUGCCUCAUGGAGAAGAUGAAGAAAAAGGAGAGGAAGAAGUGGAUGAUGAAGAAGAUGAUAAUCUCAGUGAUGUCAGCCCUUGGACCUACAGCCCCUCUCCAGAUUGUGAACUAGGCACAUCUAGUCCCCUUCCACCUUACCUCCCCCCACUCAAAGAAGAAGAAACAACACCUCCACUCUCAAGCUCUUCCAUUGCUGAUUCAUCAGAAACUGGAACACCCCAUCCUGAAGAAGAUAGAGUACAGCCUGAGUUAGACAGACUAUCCCAGUUGGGCCAAGGGAGAAAGACCCAACCCAGCAGACGAAGACGACGACAAGGACCUCCUCCCGUGCCUUUGGAUGAGGACGUAGCACAGAUUGGUCCCAAGAGGAUCAGAAAGGCUGCUAAAAGAGAGCUCCUUCCUUGUGAUUUUCCUGGCUGCGGGAAGAUCUUCUCCAACAGACAGUACCUGAAUCACCAUAAAAAGUACCAGCAUAUCCACCAGAAAUCUUUCUCCUGCCCAGAGCCAAGCUGUGGAAAGUCCUUCAAUUUUAAGAAGCAUCUGAAGGAACAUGUGAAACUCCAUAGUGAUACUAGAGACUACAUUUGUGAGUUCUGUGCCCGCUCCUUUAGAACCAGCAGCAACCUCAUCAUCCACCGGCGUAUCCAUACAGGGGAAAAACCACUGCAGUGUGAGAUCUGUGGCUUUACCUGCCGCCAGAAAGCCUCUCUGAACUGGCAUCGACGCAAGCAUGAGGAGGCAGCAGCAGCUUUCCAAUAUCCCUGUGAGUUCUGUGGCAAACGAUUUGAGAAGCCCGACAGUGUCAUUGCCCAUUGCAGCAAGAGCCACCCUGCCCAUCGUCCUGGCUCUGGCUCAAGCCCCACACUCUCAGAGCCCUACCCUUCCCCCACUAUCUCUAGUUCUACUUCUGUAAUUUUGCAAUCUAGCCUUUCAUGUGAGUCCCAGAAAUCUACUCCCUUGGAUUCCAGCCCUUCCUCAUAGAUCCAGAUGAAUCAAACCUCAGGGUGUUAGGAAGCAAAGUGGAAAGUGGCAUGGGGAAAGGUAGGAGGUCUUCAGGGUGACAGUAUAAGUACAUAGGUGCCAGUCAUACUUUUAAGGGGAGCCAGAGUCGGAUCCAGUCCGAUUGCCUUGCUUCCUAAUGCUAAAAAUGCAAUAAAAUGAUUAUUUUACAUAUAUACUUAGUUGAGAUUGAGUUUUUUAAUUAAUUUAGGAAAUUGAACUGUUAGAA